AUGGAUCCUGAAUUAUCAUUAUAUAUAGAUAAAGCACAACUUAGAGAUGAUGAAACUCGCCUCAUAUUCAAUCCUCCUUGCAAAAUUUACUCACAGAUCACCGAAUUUAUUUCAGCUAAUCCCAACAAUGUUGAUUCCAUAGGUAUCCCAAAAUCGCAAAACUGUUUUUUUUUAUACCGCAAAAAUUACAAUGCAAAACAUAAAUCUCAUAGGAGCAAAAAGGAUUGGAAAAUUCUUUCAAAGGAAGCUGGUAAUGCCUGGCAUAAUGAAUCUAACGAAGUAAAAAGUUAUUUUAAAGUAUUAGCAAAACUAGCUUUUCAAAAAAAUAAACUAAGUUAUGAAAACCUACUACUAAGAAAUUGUAUUUUUAUUGUCCAACAACCAGGGCUACAACAUAAAAAAAUAGAUAACAAUGGUUCUGCAGUUUCAUCAUCACCCGAUCCAUAUUUUUCUUCUUUAUCUUCUACUUGUUAUUACUCAAAAUAUAAUGCUAGUUCACAACCAAAACUACAACAAAAACAAACAGAUAAUAACGAUCAUGAACCUUCAUCAUCUUUACUUUAUCCAUCUUCCACUUUUUCUUGCACGAGUAAUAAUACAAGCUUGCCUCAUUUUAUGACUCAACAACCAAAUAAUAACGAUUAUCCAACAACAACAUCAUCACCAUUUCAUCCACAUUCCAGUUUUUCUUACACAAUUUCACUACCAUCAUCUCAUCCACACUCCAAUUUUCCUUACACAAGUGAUGAUACGACCUUGCUUCAUUUGGCAGCUCAACAACCAGAAGCACAACAAAAACUAAAAAAUAAUCUUCAUAAUAACAAUUGUGCAGUUUCUUCACCAUCUCAUCCACAUUCUACUUUUUCUUGCGCAAGUGACAAUACAAACUCGCCUCAUUUUGUAGCUCAAGAACCAAAAAUGCAACAAAAACAAAAAAAAGAUUUUUGUGAUGAUUGUGCAGUUCCAUCAUCAUCACUUCAUCUGCAUUCUACUUUUUCUUGCGCAAGUGAUAAUACAAGCUUGUCUCAUUUUAUGGCUCAACAACUAGAACUGAAACAAAACCAAAAUGAGAAUCUUCAUAAUAACGAUCGUGCAGUCUUAUUAUCACCUCAUACAUAUUCUACCUUUUCUUACAAAGAUGAUAGUAUAGUCUCGCUUCAUUUUGUGACUCAAAAAUCAGAAAUAGAAGAAAAUCAAAAAGAUAAGAGAAAUAAUAACGAUUAUGUAGUUUCACCGUCGCCUUAUCCACAUUCUAGUUCGUUCGAUUUUAAUACUAAUGCUGAUUGGAAUACAAUUAUUGACUACUUCCGAUUUUAA